UCAGUCAUUGCCGCACUGGACAGUCACAUGACAGGCAUAUAGACGUUAUGGGGCUGUUUCGUUGUCAAACUUUAAUCCGAUUUCACGUCUAAACUGCAAAAGCGAUGGACAGGCUGCGACUUUUGACGGCUUCCGAUCUCCAGUGCUAUGUCAGUUGCGUCUAUGUAUCUGUUAUUUUGUAGCUAAACCCCUGCGUCAUGUCUGUGGAUGGCCCCCGGACCUCUGUUUUCACCUUUCAGUCCGCUGUUCAUAGCCAUCACGUUCUCCGUUCGCUGGAGGAGCUGAGACAGAAGGAGCUCUUGUGCGAUGUGACGGUUGAAGUGGAGCGCAGGAGCUUUAGAGCACACUCUUCAGUGCUGGCUUCCUGCAGCGAGUAUUUUUACACCAGACUUACAAACCACAGCCGACCAAGCUCCUCCGUCAGGUUACCGGAUGAGGUCACGGUGGAAGGAUUUGAGCCUCUCCUGCAGUUUGCAUACACUGCGAAACUUCACUUCACGAAAGAGAACAUCCUAGAGAUCCACAAAUGCGCCGAAUUACUCGGAUUUCAAAACCUCGAUAAAGCCUGCUUCGAGUUCUUCGUCCCAAAGUUUUCUGAUGGCGGCGGGACCUCAAAAAAGGCGAAGGGUAAAAGCAAGACCCGAGCGUCCCAAGAGAAAUCCCAAUCCAUCUGCAGUCCAAAUGACCAAAACCCUGAAACUGGAGAAGAUGCAAGCGCUGUCCUUCAAGCUGCAUCCACAACAUCCACCGAAGAACCUCUUAAACAUUGUCCCCCCGUCACAAAUGACAAAGUAAUGCAGUUGGAUUUAUCCCCGCUUUACUCAAGAAGCACUGCAUACCACAUGGACGAUGGCCCGGAUCAGUUUUGCCUGCAGAACUGUGGCCCGCAGUUGCCUUCCACUUCCAUGGCAGCUGCUGAAGUUUGUCCUUUCCUGUCCAUUUCGAGCACCGGUGACAACGAGAAACUGCAUUCUUCUGCGGCAGGGGAUAUUUUAGCAAUGGAGGAAGAUUUCCAGAAGGAACUAGCGAUGGAGGUGCAUUGCGAACCGCCUGCUGAUAAAGACCUGAACAUGGCCGGCAUCACAGAGGGCCACUUUAACCAACGUGAAGAGCCUCUAAUGACGCCCACCGACUGCAGCCAACUAUGUCCUCUGAAUUCUGCACAGUCAAGCGGGGUUUUGGACAGCAUUUCUGGUGCUCCGGACCUCAGCAACAUUGGCACAGACGAAAACCAGGUGUUCGAUACCAACGAACAAACGUUCUCUGAACUGACCCCCAAAGAUUGCGCCACAGAACGAAGCACGGUGGAAAGGGAGGUGGCUGAGCAUCUCGCAAAGGGUUUUUGGCCGGAUUUGAGCUCCACGUUAAAUGAGCCGCUACCUUUGGACUCUAUCGACCAGUCAUCUGCAGGAAAUGGGUCGGACUUCCACUGGUUAAAGCAUCUGGAUCUGGGCGCUGCGCCUGAUGAUUGUCCCUUUCUGAGAGACCUGGGCUCCAGUGAUAGACAGACCUCUGGAGGAGACAUCCUGUCCAAAGAGGACACGGAAGAGAGUCCCUGCAUGUCCCCCAUUAACUCGAUGGAAAACUCUGAGUGUGAAUCGGACGGAGACUGUGCACAGUGCGGCAGCAGUGAACAAGUGCAAGAGGUGGAUUUGCCGUUCCCUGUGGAGCAAAUUUCCAGCAUGACCCGUAGAGCAUUCCUGCAGAUGUUGAAACGCGAGCAGCUGACCCCAGAACAGCUGGAGUUCGUUCAGGAUGUGAGACGGCGGAGUAAAAACCGCAUGGCUGCGCAGCGCUGCCGCAAGAGAAAGUUGGACUGCAUCUACAAACUGGAGGGAGAAAUCAAGAAACUGAGAAGCGAAAAGGAUAAAUUACAGCAAGAUCACAACCAGCUGAAGCUCAGCAUAGAGGAUGUGCGUCAGAACCUCUCAGGCCUGUGUCAGAGUCUCUCUACGGACGGCACUCCACACUCCGAGCAGCUGCAAGCGCUGGCCAGGUACUUCUCCUCCGACUGUCCCACCUCCGUCCUCCUCACCCCCAUCUCCUCUCCUAGCCUGGCUGGCCCAGACCAGGACGCCCAUGCCAACUCCUCCCUGGACACCUUUCUUGCAGGCGCAUGUCCUGAAGGAGACACAGUAGCACUCAGGUCGCCCACUGCCUUCCUCCAAGACAACGUUCAGAGCACUGUUACAGAUCCAGCUCCGUGAUGUACAAAGCAGCUUGGGAAUGGUCUGAUAGUUCAUUUUUACUCAGGAGCUUACCUUUUCUGCUGCCGUCAGUUACACUUUCGAGCAUGACUUUCCUAUUAGGAGCACUUUUGUAAUGUUUCCAAAUGUGGAUGCGACUAAAUUUGCACUAUUACCAGGAGUUUUGUAUGGAAAUGCUAUACGGAUGCAUACAGAUAUGCCUUUCAUUCCUUGUUUGCUGUAACGCCACAGGGGUCAUUCCUGUUAUGCCACACAUUUGCUUUUAUUGUAUUUCAGUGUUUCGGGAAUAUGCUCUGUUGAGCUCAUACGUAAAGUUAUGCAUGAGCUUAAACUUACUUACAUAAAAUUUAUGAGUUAUAACUUUUAAAAAAAUAUAAAAAAAAAUAACAGGUUGCUUGACAUAAUGGAAUUUAACAGGGUGGAAAUAAAGGGCUAAAUGCUAUGUUUAACUACAAAUCGAUGGUUAACUGAAGUUAAAUUAGACAUUUUGGACCAUGUUUUGAUAUUUUUAUUUCAUCCAUUUUUUAAAAUCUUGCCCAACAGGGUGGAAUAUUUUGUAAUGAGACAAACUAAGAGCACAAGGCAUUAUGAAUUAAUCACUUAUACUUUCGGAUGUAUAUGAUGUAUGUUUUCCCACCAUUCCCGGACUAUUGCGUCACUAAAAAACUGGCUUUUGUAAGUUAAAGGGAAUUUUUUUUUAGCAGACUAACAGGGUGGAAAGCAAUACCGAAGACAAAGUAAAUGUCUAUAAAAAAGAUUAACACUACAAUCAAGUUUGGUUUAAAUAUUCUGAUUAAAGAAAAGCACUUGAAUAUUUUUAAUAAAUGAAUGCAUUAAUGGUAAUGCUGUCAUGAAAGAAAAUGAAUUACUUUAGUCUGCAACAAUUGUCAAUUUUAUAUUUUUAUUCAAAAGUGCUUCUGAAAAUGUGCUUACAUAACAGCAAUGACCCGUGGAUUAAUUUUUAGCCCUAGCAUUAAUUUUGCUUACACUGCCACAAAGGACAAUCAUUGUAGUUCUCUUAAUUAUGCCAAUGUAUUAUAUGAUUUUUUUAAUGCUAUGUAGAGCAUAUAAGUACAUUCCAGUGUAGCCUAAUACGUCUUUGGUAUUACCGGCAUGCGAAUUGUUGACUAUGCAUCUCUCUUUUUUUUUUGAAGUAUUCAUAUAUGCAUAAGUCAUAGUUAUAUAGUGACAUUUAAAUAACUGCCAUGUAAGACUUCACGCAUAUCAUAUAGGGUUUGUUAAAAUAAAAUAUGUGGUCUCUUUAAGGGGGAAAAAUAGUAAAGGUUUAGAUACUCUUCACUUUUUGCCUGCAAUUUCAUGCAAAGCAGUCAAUUUCAAGGUCAACAUAAAAUCAAAAUCGAUCCUAUUUCCAUUCUUAAUAUAUUAUACUGAUCUUAUUGCGCAUGAUUCUUCAUCACACAUUAUUUCAAUGAAAUGUCUUAUUUCAUCAAAAUGUAAUAUCUUCUGAAAUGACUUUACGUUUUAGCUGAUGAUGUCGUCAAGGUCAUGCACAUGGUCUAUUGGCUGUUGGGUCACAAAUAGAGAUAAAGGCAUUAUUUUAACUCUUGUUGUGGAACAGAAUGCUUUCAUGUACUUUUCGUCAGAUUCUAACUUACUUUUUUAUCAUGGAAUAUCAUGUUUUACUUACUCAAAGUGGUAUUGACUGACUUAACUGAUGGAUACAUGUUCAUUGACUUGACUUGAACUAAUGUUUAUUUCAAUAUAAUGUUACCCUAAAAGACAUAACCUGUACAUUUUACCAUUGCAACGUUGAUAGAAUGUUCAAUUUUUACUUUUUUGUGCCUUCUUUUGUUUGUUUUAACCCUGUAACCAAAAUACUGUCACGUGAACUUAAAAUGCACUGUAUAGUUCACUGUUUGAUUCACAUUUAGUAGCAAAUAAAAUGUCAAUCAUUUGUUGUGCUUGCUAAUAGGUAUAAACAAAUAAACCAACUUUUUUUUUUA